CAUCUGAAGCGCCGCGAUGAAUGAGAGGAAGCUCAGCUUUUUCUUUAUUUCGUUUCGUCAACUUCUUCUCUAUCAGUAUCAAGCACUUCUUUCUCCCGUUUGUUCCCACCGUCUCCGACCUCGAUAUCGAUGGUUUCCCUCCUUGCGAUUUCAACAAGCUUUCGCCGUCAUCUUCAGUCUUCACCUGUGACAAGUUGUUCUGCUUCCUUUUGGGCUUCCGCCGGAGAUUCUGUUUGAAGAAAACAAAGUUGAAGUCUCCAAGAAAGCAUCAGAUGCCGGAACAAAUUCCUGUUUUCCCCUCUCGUCGCUGGUCUCAUUGCAGGAGUAAGACUGUACGUACCCUUGCUCUAAUCCUCUCUCUCUUUAAUGAUGAUUCUCACUGCUCGCCCGCCAUUCGAAUUUCUCCGGAGGCUCCAAAGCUAGAUGGCAAAUUAGGGUUGGGAACUCAACAAGAACUGUGUAAUGAUUUGGUUGAUCAUGGAGGUCUCAAACCUGAGAAUUUGUCGAUUGAGAGUACUAAAGCAGUUGGGAUCCACAAUGGAACUUCCAGUCCUGAACAUAUAGUGACAAAUCAGUUAGACGAGAGAACGAGAUCAGAAGGUUAUGAAUAUCUUGUAUGUCGGGAAGUUUGUACACCUUCCAAUAUGUCAGUGGAGAAAGACCUGUUAGCUAAUAGCGGUACUGUCCCCAUCAAUGAUCGUUCUGAGCAUCUUAUUUCAGAACAAACUGUUCCACAGUAUGGUGACAGGUUCUAUGUUUCCACUGAAUUUCAUCAGUUCCCGGCUCACCCUGCCCUAGGGAUGGAUGGUGCCUCUUCAAAAUCAGGCGAAGUGGGUGGAAUAAUGGAGGACAGGGAGCUCUCUAAAUUGUCCGGUGAGAAUGCUGGGGUGAAUGGUUUUCCAAAAGGAGCUUCUGAACUAGAACAAAUAGUGACGAAGGAGUCAGAACAUGGAACUAGACUAGAAGGAAAUGAGAAUAUUGCUUGUAGUAACAGUGUUCACAGUCACUCAAAUUCAAGAAUGGAGGAAGAUUUGGUUGCUGAUAUUGUUGUUGUCUCAAGUGAUAACCAUUUUAAUAAUUCUCUUUUGGAACAAAAUGACGUGGUGGGAAUAGGCAAUGUGGCAGGGAAAGUAGAAUAUGCAGCUAAUUUCGAUUUUUCCAACAAGAGUAGUGAAGAAUUUGCUGUCCAAGAUGGAGCUUCCUCUCCUAAACAAAGUGUAACAGUUGAUUUUGGCCACAGAAUGGAGCUUAAAGGAAAUGGAGAUCUUACUUUUGGUGAUAUUCUCAAAGAUACACACAUAUCACUGGAGAAAGAUCAGGUUGCAAAUGAAGUUGGUGUCUCGAUUAAUAACUAUAAUAAUGGCAUUCUUUGUUCAGAACGGAUUGAUGUGGAUGUAUUGCCAAAAGUGCCAGAAGUCAUAGAGAGUGAACUCUUGAAAUCCAAAAGUAUGUUGGAAAAUGACCUGAUACCCUACAAGUCAAUGUCAGUCAACAAUGCAAAAAAUGGGGCUUCAUUGGCUCAUAUGGUGAAAAAACAAGAAUAUGCAAUGCAGCGGAAAGAAUUGGACUUGAAGGAAUCACCUUCUUAUAAGGUCACACCAGAUUUUUCUGUUAGCUUUGUUUCAGAUGGGGGGAUUGAAGAUGGUGAAAUUCCUAAUGAUUCGGGAGUUUCUGACCAUUCAUUCUAUUCCUACUCUGAAGAUGCUGUAUUGGCAAGUAAGGGGGUGGGGGGUCGUGUUUUUGGGAAGGUUAUGAAGAAAGAGAAGUUCUCUGACAAAUGCAAAAAACAUAAAGGAGAAUAUGAAGAUUGUGUUCAAGCAGAGCUUAAUGGAAGAAAGAGAAAGGAGCAGGAAGCCAGAUUUGGUACGUUGGUCAUUAAUGAGAAAAAGAAAGGCAAUGGCAGCAAGGAAGACAUUAACUGCUCUAUUGCUCCUCCUGAAGUUACCCAGUUGCAUGAAGAAAUGUUAGAUAAAAAUGCGACUCAAACUUGUCCAAUGACAUCCAAAAAAAAGGAUGUUGAAUCCUAUGACAAGAAAAAGCGAGGUCCUUUAACUGAGAAUCGUAAAAUGAUGAAAAAGCUGCAGAAAAAAAGGAAGCGGGCUGAAAUAAACAAGCUUGUUGGGGUUAAGAGGUUAAAAUUAAAGCCAGUUUUAAAACCGAAACCAGUAACAUAUUGCAAGCACUAUCUUCGGGGAAGAUGUCGGCAGGGUGAUUUGUGCAAAUUUUCACAUGAUACAAUUCCCUUGACAAAAUCAAUGCCAUGCAAGCAUUUUGCAUAUCACUCUUGCUUGAAAGGGGAUGAUUGUCCAUUUGAUCAUGAGCUUUCCAACUAUCCCUGUGACAAUUACAUGUCAAAAGGCUCUUGCAUUAGAGGUGAUAAAUGCUUGUUUUCACACAAGAUACUACCCAAGGAAGGUACCUCUACAUCAUUGAAUGCUGGCAAACUAGAGUUGGAGUCAUCAGCUCUGCUUGAUAGAAAUUUAAGGAAGGAGGUGAACAUUGAUAGUAGCUCCUGUUGUAACGUCAACAACUUGUCUAAAGACACAUCUGUAUGGGUGCCAUUCUCUGUGGGAACCAUCCCUCACAGCAAACCAUAUCAGAAUGUGGUUGGGAAAAGAUUGAAACCACUCGUUCAGGUACCCAGAGGAAUAAGAUUUCUAGUGAAUGGAAACACUCCAUUAGAUGAUUCUAAUAGGAAGCAACAUGGUGACUUUCCUUCCAAUGGAUGUAAUGGCAUAGAAAUUUGCAAUCAGGAGAGAGAAAGUGUACCAGACAAGCAUCAAAACUUGAAUGAGAUGCUGGGGAGGGCUCCCCCUGCAGUACCACCGAGUGGAAUUAGAUUUCUCUCUAUGGGAAAGGUGCCACUAAGUGAUCCCGCUAAGCAACAAGGAGGUGGCUUCCCUUCCAAACAAGAUGGAGUUGAAUUAUGCAAUUUGAAGAACCUAAGUGCAUCACACAAGCUUCAAAAUCCUAAUGAAUCUGCAGUAAGUUUGUCAAAACCCCCAGUUUCUAUUGGUCAUUCAAUGACUCCAUUAGCAGAAGGGAAUGAUAAAUCCGUCCAAAGCUCAUCGCAGAAGGCGCUGUCAUCCACACUGGCAUUUGCAGCAAAGCAUGAGUCUGAAAUGUGGUUGGGACAUUCUACUUCUUCCCCUGCUUUUUUUGCUGAGGUGAGUAAGGCAUCAAGGAAUAACAGUAACUUCAGCACUGGGAAUUCUCAGAAUGAACCAAUGAAAACUAAUAAGAUUUUGGAAGAAUUCUUAUUUGGUGUGAGUGGUAAUGGUAACCAGUAAGCACAAUGGGACGAGACCAUCAUGAUUGCAGAGGAGAUAUUGAGAGUUAGGGGCUUAAACUAUGGAGGUUCCUUUAUUCAGUUUUUCUGUUUUACGUGUGUUUAUCUGCAUUUUAAUUAUACUUCUUUGUUGGUGUGACCCCUUUGACUACUAAAGAAAGUGUUACGAGGCCCCACUCCAAUUAUCUUGUUUAACUACAAAUUUCUUUACUUUUGAAUUAGGGUAAAAGUAAAACAGACAAAUGUUUUCUCCGGUUAAGGAGUUGUCCAUGUUUCUCACUGAACUUGUGUCAGUGAUCUCUGUCUCUCAGCAUUGUUUGUGCGUUUCUUCCUGGUAGUUUUGAUUGAUUCUCCAUACAUUUUACUCGGAAAAUCAGUUCCAUGU